UUUCACGCUCUGUUGUAAUGGUCCCAGGAACAUAUGUGCAUGAAUGAAAAUAAUUUGAAAUAAAACCGGCAACCGUGAUAUAUCGAGAGAUAUAAAAUCUUACGACAUGCAUAGGGCACAAUUUCGCAAGAAAGAACCGCGAUAAACUAUUUCUUCCUCUGUGUGGGUGAAAACCGCCGAGUUAUCUAAGUUAUAUAGUCUUACUCCACCAGACUCGCGAAGAGCACAUCUUUACGUAGACCGUUGCAUUCCGGAGACCAUUUGCGAAGUUCAGUGCUAUUUGCAAUACUGGGUGUAAAUUUGAAGUUUAGGGAACGAAAAAGGGGUGUAACUGCAAAAAGGAGUAAAACGGGGAGUAAUUGCAGUUUCUAGUCCCCUAGAUUGCAAUUACCCCCCGUUUUACUAACUUUUUUCUUAGAGUGUAGGGGAGACCGCGGAGCAUGUCAUAAUAGAGAGUUUUAGUGCAUCGUACGUAAGGGAUAGCGUGGUGAUUCUGCGCAAUGCGCGAAGCGCUCUUUAUGUUUUGCGCGUGCGCAGAACCACCAACACUAUCUCUUACGUACGCAAAGGCGAUAGCUUACGAUGUACUAAAACUCUCUCGGGGUACCGGGCCGGCGCAAGGAACUGGGUUUUCGAAACGGUAGAGAAGCAGUACAAAAUACAAAAGACCGACUACAUGAUUGGUGCCAUAGGAAUAGGGUGUUGUUCCAAUUUGUACACAGGUAGUGUAAAUAGUUCUGGUGUAAUUUCAGGCCUCUGUUAAUUCGUUCAUUCUAUGCUAAGUGGCGCAAUCUAUCGUCCGUCUAUCUUUCCCUUGUCUCUCUCUCUCUCUCUCUCUUUACUUUGCAUUAAACAUAUUCCCCCCCUAUCGUCCGUUCGAAAAGAAGCGCAUUCUUUUCGCUUGCACUGGGCUGCACUACCUUGAACUCCACGCAGGAGGGGUUUUCGGGAGCUGCACUUUCCAGCUGGAAGGAACUUGCCUUUCUUUUCAACAGGAAAGUGCAGCACGCGAAUAACCCAGUUCAGGCCUGGUGCAGGAGGUGCAAGCGAAAAAAAUGCACCUAAGGAAAAGCCACAGUAUCCAUCCGUAAAUCCAUGCAAGAAGGCCGCAUUUUUCAAUCCAAUCCAAUCCUGGACGGAACUUCGCAAAGCCAGGCGAAGCCAAUCUGAUAUCCAUCCAUUCACGUCGCAUGUCUGUUGAGUUGUUUUGUGCAUCAGUCGAAUUCGAGCGUCCACAUUCUUAACUUAAGUCGCGUUGUCCUUUUAAACGAGACGUAGAAUGACUGCUUCAAUGCCCAUUAUUUCAGAAGAGGAGAUAAUCCGGAGGAAACUUCUUAUCGAUGGAGAUGGCAUGGGCGAUGACCGGCGCCUAAAUAUGUUGUUGAAGGCGUUUCUGAAAUGGUGUUCUUCAAGCGAAGAAACAGAGGAAGAGCAGGCUAUUGUGUACGAAAGGAUGCUGAUGACACUGGCACAGUGCGAGUUCUCAAUAUCAAAGUCACAGCAAGUGCUUGAGAUGAACCAGAAAGAAAUGAAAAAUUAUGAGCAGCUGUACAGUGAAAUUGAAGUUGGCAUUGCAAACGCUCAAAAGAAAAUAAUGGAAAACAAGCAGGAGCUGCAGAAAGCUAAAAGCAUACGAAAGAACAAACAAGAAUAUGAUGCACUGGCAAAAGUAAUAGCAACACAGCCAGACCGUUGCAAGACACUUUCACAGCUGGAGGCUCUCGAGAAAGAGAUCGCAGCUCUGCAGAAAUCUCAAAAGGCUCUGGACACUCGCCUUGAGCAUCGCCGCAGGCAGUUCCAUGUCCUGCUCAGUUCUGUCUACGAACUGCAGCAGCUGCUCAAAGAUGAAGAAAACCUGGAUGGAGACGUGCAAUCUAUGGACACAACGUAAUUUCACUUAUCGAAGCCUUGCAACCGUACUACAUGCCUUGUACAUAUAAGCAUAUCUGAUGUCAUCUUUAAAAACUCCCACAAAUCUA